UUCCUUUCUAAAAAUCAUCGUCCAUCAACAAUGGUACGUAGCCUAUCUACUGAGUGGAAAAUCUGUUACAAUCUUAAAAUAUCAGCUAUUGUUUUAAUGUUUUUUUGAGAAGUUCCCUUAAAUAAUUAUUUAAGCUGUUUAUUAAAAUAUAUUGCUUUCUUUUUAACUCCCAAUUAAUUUGUUUGGACUUAUUUUGCAAAAGUUCUCAAUGGAGUACCUACUAGUCUUGUAAAUAAUAUAAAUAAAGAUUGGUUUAGUAGUUUCCAUAUUCUCAAUAUAUAAUAGUACAUAGUCUUAAGAUUUAAUGGUAAUACCAGAUUAAUUUUUAAAAAAUCCAGUUGUGAGAUAUAAUUUCUUCGAAUAUAUAUAAAAUAGGUCUUUAAAAAUUUGAUAAUUGGUUGGCAUAACAGUACAGUACAGUAGAAUUUCUAUUCUUCACCAGCACCAGCUUGAGUAGAAGGUGGUGGUAGAACACAAUAUUAAAUAUUAAAACUUUGAUUUAUUAAUUAUUAGAAUUAGAGAGCCUACAGUUAUUUUAAUUUAGGCAUAUAUGAAGUACUCAAGUUACAGGUAGUUUAGUAGUCAUGUAACCUUAUAAAAACUCAUUUUAUUAGGUCUAUAAUGCCUGUAUUUUGUUUAAUAGUAAUAGGCUCUUCUAUUUUUACUAUUUGAAAUGAUUUUAUCUUAAUAGGCCAAACGAACCAAGAAGGUUGGAAUUGUUGGAAAGUAUGGUACCCGCUAUGGUGCCUCACUUAGGAAGACGGUGAAGAAGAUGGAGAUCACCCAGCAUAGUACAUACACAUGUCCAUUCUGUGGCAAGGUUGGUCCUAUCUAUAGUUGAACUAUAGUUCGCCUGAUUAACUAAAGGAGUCUACAAUUGAAUUUGAACGAUGUUUUUCUUAAUUAGUAGACCUAAUUUAAAUCACUUGUAUUUUGUAUUUGUUUUGAAUGCAUCCUGAUCUGCACCCCCACAUAUUUAUGGUUGUUUUUGCACAUGGCCCUACAAUUUGGCAGUUAAUAUAAAUAAACGAUCAUAUUUGCAUGUGCUAACUCAUUCCCUCCGGCAGUGCUACUUCCGGACUUAAUUUAUUUUCUUGAGAAAAGGGAAGCAACUCAGUUUUGAAAUUGAUUUACAUUUUUAAAAUAUUUUGGUAAGUUGCUAAAUAUUAUUUAAUGUUAAUGAAUUAAGAACAAUGCAACAAAAAAUGAAUAAGGUUUAAUAUAAAAAAAACAUUAGCGGGGAAAAAAUAACGAACAAUGGCCAAAUAAUUGAUUUUCGGCACCUCAGAGGAACACAUGCUACUUAUUGACGCGCCGUACCUAAGCACACGUAGUUUUAAAGUGAAACAAGAUAAAAAUAAUCACGCCAUAGCCGGAAGUCUCGAGGGACGUGAGAUUUCAUUGCUAUUUUUAACUAAAAAUAAGAGGUGUGUCGCUAUGCGCCGGGACACAGUUGGACGCAACAGUGGUUUAACAUGUAAUUUCUCUGAAUAAAAUACUUACACUUAAAAAUUAUAUCGUUUACCGGUAAUAUUAAUAUAAUAAUUGUUUCUCAUUUCAGGAGUCAAUGAAAAGAAAAGCUGUUGGUAUUUGGAAAUGCGGUAGAUGUUCAAAAACAGUGGCUGGAGGUGCCUGGGUUUACUCGUAAGUCCUCUUUACUUUAGAUGUUGCACCACUUUUUGGUUACUAAAUAGCUUCAUCUUUGCAAACUUUUUGUCAGCUCGCCAGCUGUGCAGUGCUGUUAACAAUUUUUAUGACUGAUAAAUUUGUAGUUUGUAUUGCUUUAUCAACACCCAGCUGAUCUUAGAUAAAAUAAAUUUAUUACACUUGCAUUGUUUUGGAGAAUUGUGUCUUUCCCCAUGAAAUACACUCCCAACCUCUAUCUUGAAAAAUAAGGUUAUUAGUAGGUACUCCAACUCAAAUUUUUAAAUUCAUCUGACACACAAGGAGCAUAUCAUUGGAAAGAGCUGGCUUUAAGCUUUCUAAUGACACCAAGAUAAUCUUUCUAUCACUUAUAGGAGAAAAGUUAUGAAUUUUUUAGUGAUUUAUUUUUCCCCACUAUUCGGCUUUGUAUAGAGCAUAUCAUUGGAAAGAGCUGGCUUUAAGCUUUCUAAUGACACCAAGAUAAUCUUUCUAUCACUUAUAGGAGAAAAGUUAUGAAUUUUUUAGUGAUUUAUUUUUCCCCACUAUUCGGCUUUGUAUUUAAUUUUUAAAACUGUGAUCGCAUUAUUACUCUUUUUGUACUAUUUUGCUUGUAUCUUUUUGGCCAUUAAAGUUAGAGCUAUCAAAUUUGGAGGAGAUAUUUGCAAUACAAUGUUUAACAGAAUAGAACACAUGAAUUGUGAAUUGACUUAUUAUAUUUGUAAAAAUAUGACUUUAUGAGCAUAUGGCGUGGAUAACGACAAUUGACGAAAAAUUUAAUUUUACAAAAAAUGUCAUAAUUACUAAACCAAUAAAGCUAUUGCUAUAAAAUUUUCACUACAAUCAGAUAAUGUACAUCUAAUAGUAAAGCAAAUUCAAAAUAAAUAAAAUGCAGAUCAGAAAAAUGUAUGUGAUAUUAGAAAAAUUAUUUAAAUAAAAGCUACCGCGGCCGAGAAAUUUUUACAUUUAAAUACAUAACUUUUAAACUAAUAAAGCUACUGCAAUAAAACUUUCAGUACAAAUAGAUAGUGACAAUUUAAAUUUAAUAUAAUAUUCAAAUAUUAAAAAAAUGCAAUUAAAAUAAUGCUAUCCAAAAUUCAAAAAUGUUACGUAAGUUGUCGAAAUUGAUGUACAUUUUUAAACAUUCAGGAUAUGUUUCAUGGCUUCGGAGCUCUGCCUACUCUUAAUCCUCAUUAAUUGGUAAAUUAAAAACAUCCUCCAUUGUAAACAAAUUUGGUUGUGUUUUGAUCUUCUCCAGGUUGGCAGUGCAUUUCCUCAUGUGUGGAAUUGGAAUCCUAUUGACAAUUGAAAAAAAUAAUGAACAAAUAAAAAAGAUAUUAGUUAUUAGAAACACAUUUAAAAAAUCAAUAUUUUUAAACAGGAUCCACAAUUUUCUUUAUUUUAUGUACAUUUAAAUUUGUUAUAACAUAGAACUAGAGUUUUUCGUGUCACCUCAUCUUAGAUAUUAGUUAUUAGAAACACAUUUAAAAAAUCAAUAUUUUUAAACAGGAUCCACAAUUUUCUUUAUUUUAUGUACAUUUAAAUUUGUUAUAACAUAGAACUAGAGUUUUUCGUGUCACCUCAUCUUUCAAUACUAAAAUUUAGUAUAAUUAUAAUAAUAAUUAUCAUUUAUGUUUUAUAAUUAUUGAAGCAAAGUAUAAGGACUUAAGUAAAAUUAUUAUUAAAAUCCAUUUUUAAAAUUGUACCGUACAUGAUUAAGAAAAUCGAACUACUUUAUUAUAAUACAGCAAAUAUUUAUUUAACUGUUUGAAAAACGCUUCUAAUAAUAAUAGUAAUAACCACUGUUUACGUUAGAGAUUAACCUCUUCCGGUAAAUCGAGUGGACAAAAAAUGGCCGCCACCGGCUGCUUUUAAUUUUUGGUCACAUUUCGGGUCCAAUCCUUUAUUCGUUCUAUAAUCUUUAUUGUUUUAAAUGAGUGAUUCACUUUUUAAAAUAUAUGAACUAUGUAAUUAAGUAGUUUCCAAAUGUUACCCCGAGUUUUAAAAAGUAACAAAACAUAGCGAAAUCACUUACCCAAUGUCCACUUUCGAUUUAAUCGUCUCAUCGUGGUCGGAUUUCCCUUUUAUUUAUAUCCUCGUAACCGUCAUGCACCGCAGAUUAAAAUAAAAUAAGCAGGUUAAUCUAUUUUAAGAAAUGACGCAAAGCAACGCUAAACCCCGACAACUACCGAAAACGGUCAGCGCCAGCUGAUCACAGCGAUAGGCGGCGAGUAGCCCGCGUCUUCCAACUGCCAGCGAAGCGAGUAUUGGAGUACCUAUUAUUAGACAGAUAACAUUAAUUACCUUUUGAUUGUAUCCACAGGUAUCAAAUUUAUAAUUGGAGUUGUAGGAUGGAAAUUAUAGAUUUGUCAACUUUUUAGGUUCAAAUUUAAAAGAUGGUUUUUACGUCUACAGUGGAUGUGCUUUAUUGAAGACUUCACACACAAGUGAAAUUAUUUUUCUUUUGUGGUUGGAAGGUUUUAUUUAAGAAUCUAGCAAGACAUCUGUGAAUUAUUGCUUAAUUUUAUUUUUCUUGAUUUGCAGAACAACAGCUGCAGCACAAGUACGCAGUGCCAUUAGACGUCUUAGAGAGAUGAAAGAAAUUUAAAGAAUAAAGUUAAUUUUUUAAGACCCAUA